CUGUAACAGCAGCCUUUCACACACAUGCUGUGUAGCUGUACUCUCAGGAGCACGACCACUGCACUUGGCCUGUUAUUUACUGCCGCUGUGGCUAACAGGCUAACAGGCUACACUGACGCACUGAACUGCGACACCUGUCUCAAACACCAUGACUUCUUUUACCUGGAGCCCAGUCGACGGUUCGAGGACACCGACUUCUGACACAGGCACGUCGGGAUAAGUGCGUGUUUCUCUGGAAUAUUACAAGAUGUCGCGCCGCAGUCCCAGACUAAGCUCAAAGGGGUACUAUAAUCCUGAUGACCACGCGGUUCGACAGAUCUCCUAUAAGGAGACCCCCAUCAGGAUCUUCAGGAAAAGGAAGCGGAAGCACAGAGUGGGCGGGGCCUGUCACAACUUAAUUAAUGAAUUUAACAUGUGUGAUUUCCAGAGCCUGGAAACACAGGAUCCCAUGCUGACAUCUGAAACACCUCCUCAGCAUGAUUCCCCACCCUGCAGAUGUUGUUUAGUUGUGAGGACGGUGGUUCCUCUUCCCCUCCUCCUCCUCCUGCUGGGUUUCGGUGUUUGGUUCUGCUACACGAGUGUUACUAAAUGGCCGGUUCAGCCUGCGGUCCACUUAACACAGGACACACACACACGGGAUCAUGCAGCUCUGUUUAAAGAGAUCGAUUUACUGAAACAGGUGAUAAUGCAGCAGAGGCUAGAAAAAGAGGAAAUAGAAGAAAUCGUACGCAGGGCGCUCAGCCGUCACCGGGCUGAUGAUAUUGGAAUGGCUGACUACGCGCUGGAGUCUUUAGGUGCCGCUGUGGUAGCCAGUACAGCGACCCAUAAAACCAGAUACUGCAAACUGUUCCGCAUCAGUAUGUGGUGCCGAAAUAACGGCCCUGAAACAGUUAUACAGCCGGAGGUCUACCCUGGUAAAUGCUGGGGAUUUAAAGGUUCUCAAGGCCACCUGGUCAUCUCUCUGUCCUACCCUGUACACAUCACCCACGUGACCCUGGAGCAUCUGCCCCGAGUGCUCUCACCCACGGGGCACAUCAGAAGCGCGCCGAGAGACUUUGCAGUUUACGGAAUGGUCAAUGAGAAAGAGGAAGGAAAUCUCCUCGGAAAAUUCACCUAUGACCAGGACGGAGAUCCGAUCCAGACCUUCGAACUUCCGGACUCUCCCAGUGAGGUGUUUGGGCUGGUGAAGCUGAAGAUCCUCAGUAAUUGGGGUCACGCUGAAUACACCUGUGUCUAUCGCUUCAGGGUCCACAGCCGGCCAAGGAGCAGCUACACAUGCUACUUCUGAGAUGCCAGUGAUCCUGACCCCUUCUGCUCCCCGGACCUGCCUGAUCCAUCCUGAUGCCCUACUUCUGGUUGGAGUUCUCAUCGGUUGAGUUCGCUCACUCGCUGCUGCUGGGGCCUGAAGAUAUGGACUGCCUGAAGAACCGUUUGGAUUGCUGGGGAUGGUGCCACCUGGGGGCUGUGGAGAUGGCUUGGGGAUCUCAUAUUGGGAGCUGUACUGUAAUGGCUUGGGACUGCGAUUGCUGUAGUGGCUUUGGGGCUGCAGUUGCACCCAGAUGAGGAUGGGUUCCCUUUUGAGUCUGGUUCCUCUCAAGGUUUCUUCCACAUGUCGUCUCAGGGGGUUUUUCCUCACCACCGUCACCACUGGCUCACUCAUUAGGGAUAAAUUCACACAUUUAAAAUUUAUAUCCUGAAUGUAUUUAUUUCUGUAAAGCUGCUUUGUGGCAAUGUCCAUUGUUAAAAGCUCUAUACAAAUAAAAUGGAAUUGAACUGAACUGAAUCACAACCCACACUAUAUAAGCACACAGGAAGCGCCUGUUUGUGAAGUAAUACUGGGUGUUUCACUGCUUAACUUACCAAGCCUUUGUUUACUCUUUAUGUGGUUCUGGUUUAUGACUUUCUUUGUCCAUGGUUUCAUGAGUUUGAAUUUGCCCUGUUUGUGUUGUUUACUGAUCACUUGAAUCUCUGCUUGUUUCUGACGCUGCUCCUGCUUAACUUUAUGGAUUGUUUUUUCUGUAUUGUAAUAAAUCUCACCUGCAACUGCAGCCGUCUCCGCCGCCAGACAAGCUAGAGUUACCAAGUUCAGCUAUCAUAAAGAUUAGCAUUAACAUUAGCAUGACAUCACUUUCAAAUAGCAAGGUAGGCUGUUCAUUUAGUAAGGGCAUUGCUUUACUUCAUUAUUUAGAUAUAGGUGAUAAAAGUACCUAACUACAGAAUAAUGAUGAUAGAAUAACAGAAUAGUGGGGAAAUGCAUAAUAAUGGACAGUAGAGUAAUAGCAAUAAUGAAAUGAGUAUUGUGUGGCCUAAG